UCAAAUCAGCUUAAAAGUGGUCACCUAAAAGUGGUAUUCUCUGACCACUUGACCUAAAAUAGCCAUCCAGUGACUCCCUAUUUCAUCAAAUGAUGGAAAAAUGAAUGCUUUAUUUUCUUCAUCUCAAUCCCUUUCUAGAAGUAAUUUGCUUCUUUACCUGUUUACUUAUUUAUUGUUUAUUUAUUGUUUUUCUCCUACUAGAAUUUAAGCACCAAGAGGGUAGAAAUUUUGUCAUAUUUAGUACAGUUUCCCUGGCAACUAGAAUCAAAGUGAGAAUUCUCAGAGACUAUGAGGGUUCACUAUCUGUUUGCUAGAAGAUAUACAAGACUUUUGUGGAUAAUACUUAAAGCAAGAUAGGCCGGAUGUAUAAUGUACUUUUUCUUAGCUUUCCUAUGACUCUACUUAGCAACCUUUGCUAAAAGAAACACAACGAUGAUUGACUACUUUGAAGACACAUACACUAGACACUUAAAAUCAACAAAAGCAGAGAGGUCCCAAAUGUGGUAUCUUUUCACAAUAAUGUAUUUUAUCCGAAUUCUUGGAAUUGCUCAUGGCGUAAUUCAGAAUCAAAGAUCUGUGAACCCUGAGGCAGAUAUGAAUAUUAGCCAAAUUAUUUCCUACUGGGGCUACCCUGAUGAAGAAUAUGAUAUUGUAACUGAAGAUGGUUAUAUCCUUGGCCUUUUUAGAAUUCCUUAUGGGAAGACAAACAAUAAUAAAAAUCUAGUUCAGAGGGUUGUAUACUUGCAACAUGGUUUGCUUACAUCUGCCAGCAGCUGGAUUUCCAAUCUUCCCAACAAUAGUCUGGGCUUCAUUCUGGCAGAUGCUGGUUAUGAUGUGUGGAUGGGAAAUAGCAGAGGAAAUACCUGGUCCAGGAAACACUUGUACCUAGAAACAAAUUCCAAAGAAUUCUGGGCUUUCAGUUUUGAUGAGAUGGCAAAAUAUGACCUUCCAGCUUCCAUUGAUUUCAUUGUGAAGAAAACCAGACAAGAGGAAAUAUUUUAUGUAGGCCAUUCACAGGGCACUACUAUUGGUUUCAUAACAUUUUCUACUAUACCAAAGAUAGCUGAAAGAGUCAAAAUAUUUUUUGCCUUAGCACCAGUUUUUUCCACAAAGUACUUAAAAAGUCCUUUAAUUACAAUGACCUACAAAUGGAAGUCAAUAGUGAAGGUGUUUUCCGGCAACAAAGACUUCUUAUCUAAAACCUCAUUUAAAAAAUUUGUUGGUUCAAAGCUGUGUCCACUACAGAUUUUUCAGAAGAUUUGCCUCAAUAUCUUGUUUAUGAUGUGUGGGUAUGACCCAAAAAACUUAAAUAUGAGUCGUUUGGAUGUAUAUUUUUCACACAACCCAGCAGGAACAUCUGUUCAAAAUAUGCUCCAUUGAAGUCAGCUUUUAAAUUCUACUCAUUUGAAAGCUUAUGACUGGGGCAGUCCUGAUCUGAACUUGGUUCAUUAUAAUCAGACAACAUCUCCAUUAUACAAUGUGACAAACAUGAAUGUGGCAACUGCAAUUUGGAAUGGUGAAAGGGACUUAUUGGCAGACCCUGAAGACGUUAAAAUUCUACAUUCUGAAAUCACAAACCGCAUUUAUUAUAAAACUAUUUCUUACUACAAUCAUAUAGACUUUUUGUUUGGAUUAGAUGUCUAUGAUCAAGUUUACCAUGAAAUCAUUGAUAUUAUCCAAGAUAAUCUAUAAAGAACCAUGGCACUGUGUGUUUAAAGAUCUAUAUUAUUCCUACUAAAAUCCAAUUCUUAUAUUUUU